AAUUGGAUUUGUAGAUUCAAGGUUAAGGUCUUGUAUAUAAAUAUAUAUAUAUUUAUAUAUACCAUUGUGAUAUGUUCUAAUUAAUAAUUAUGAAAUUUAGGUUGUUCAUAAAAUAAUUAUUGGUUCUCAAGGAUCACUCUCGCAAUCAAGCUAGAUUCUCCACAUUCGAGAGAUUCUUAGAAACAAACAAGGAACAUUAGGAAAUAAUGUCUCCAAGAAGAUCAGUUCGAAUCAACGGUAAUAGAAACAUCCACGUGGACGCAACUCCAGCACCCGCAAGGGGCGGAGGCCGAGGUGAUGGUCGACGCGGAGGCCGACGUGGAGGCCAAAGCGGUAGGGGAGGUAGACAAGGAGCAUCGGUAGCACCGGUAGAUGAAGUGGCACUCGAACAACAACAAGCACCUCCCAAUGCUCAAGCUGAGAUACUCCGAGAAAACGCUCGUAUACGUGAGGAGCUAACUCAAGAAAUUGCAAGGCUACGAGCUCAGAAUGAGGAGUUACGCCGGAAUCAAAAUCCACCUGCUAGACACCUAGCUCUUCAACCAGCUGCAGUGAAUCCAGAACCAAUACAACGUUUUGAACCUGUGUACGAGCGAUUCAGGAAACAACAACCACCAAUAUUCAAUGGGAGCUCGGACUCACUUGAAGCUGAGGAAUGGUUGCGCUCAGUGGAGUCCAUAUUGGAAUAUAUGGACCUCAAUGAUAGGGAAAGAGUAUCUGUCUUUUGCCCGACCUACUUAAAAAGGAUGCACGGAUCUGGUGGGAAGUAG